AUGGUGUUUACAAGUGCACAAGCAGAGCGCACAGCGCUGGGCGAACCCAUUUACAUCGCGCCGCCGGCGCGGCGACAGAGGCGCGUCGGAUUACGCACAAACAUCAACGACUUACCAGACGAGCUACUCGUUUUGAUGAUCGAAGGACUGGACAACUUGACCGAAGGAAAGCCCAUGGUCCAUGCUCUCACUCUUGUAAAUCGCCGCUUCAACAGGUUAUCAGUUCCCUUUCUUUAUUCUUGGUUCGCCAUCACCUACGAAGACGACAUGCAGAUAUUCGCAAAGUUCUUGCAUACUACUCUGGAUGCGCCACAGCUUGUCUGUUUCACCAAGAGUAUCUUCUGGCAACGAGAAGAGGAGCGUUUACAUUUGUCGGACACAUCGAGUUUACAUUUGUCGGACAUAUCAAAAGCUAUCGAUUUCGUCCACACGCUGAAGGUACCCUUCACUCAACAAUGGGUUCGAGACAUUUUGCAUGGCUGUGGCGAUGCAUUACUUGCAGUCCAAAUCUGCCUAAUGCCCCAGCUAGUCGAAUUUCAUGCAGAAUCGGAGUUUCUUUCAGCUGGGAAAAGACUUCCGGCAUACCUGCGACACUUAUUGCACGUUGCCCGUGGAUUGCCAUUCAGCUCAGGUCACAGCUUCAAACAUCUAUCUCACGUCAGGAUUCCAUACUGUUCACUGCGCCCCUGCGACAUCUCCGCAAUUUUCAAUCUGCAUUCAUUGGAGACGCUUUUCUUGGCCGGAGACGAGUCAAGAGAGGACGAUUUCCAGAAAGCCUGUCUUGCGUGGUCAAAAGACAAGGACGCUUGGGAGUGCGCUGCACACAGUUCUACCAUCAAGCGCCUCGGGUUGUCUGGGGCCUUGCCUGCGGAGGCAGUAGGCGCCAUGAUAAAGAGCUGUUCUUCGCUUCUCAACUUCUAUUUUUGUGGAGACAUAUGGUUGAGCAAAGAGUCUGGUUGGUACCGCGUCGUCGACGCAGCUCUUCGAAGUCAAAGUGGCAGUCUGGAACGACUCAGUUUUGAUGCGAUGAUGCUAGGCCGGAAUCCGCCACAAGCAAAUUCGAUCGCCGGCCACUUCAGCCAACUCGCUUCUUUCCCGGUCCUCGACACAUACGCGGGACUAUUGGCAAUGAUACUUAGCCCUGCGGACGUCGCUCGUCCCAAUCAGCUGUUAAAUCUCGUCAAGACCCUUCCGCCAACCAUCAAGCAUCUCAUGCUCGAGGACAAGUCUCUGCACAAAGCGCUUCCGCAGAUCAAGCGGCUGUACAUCCGCUACCCAAUGCUCACACUGGAUAAUAUACCCUACAAGCUGCUCGAUCUCGCAAACUUUUUCAUCGACAGUCCGAUUCAAUUCUCCUUCAUUUUGGACUUUCGCUACAAACGAAUGAAUUUGAGGCCGCAAGGCGCAGAAUUGGCAGAGCGUGCGGACUACGGAUUCGAUGAUGAAGCGGCGGACUGGCCGGACAGUUAUGGAUGGGAUCACGACUGA